UGUGGAAUGAAACACAGCCCAGCAGUGGAAGUGCUCGGGGCUGUGGCUUUAAGAUCACACACAGAGAGAAGAGCUGAAGAGCUGAAGAUCAGCAGUCUGGAUCUGCACAGCACCGGGCACGAGUGAACAGGCAGGAGGUGAAGAAGAAAGAUGGCGGUUCAGAGCAGGAGCCUGGUGGAUGAUUACUCCAGAUACCUGAAGGCAUUUGAGCUGUUUCUGGAGCGCUCGUCUGAACAUCAGAGUAUGAGAGACUUCAUCCAUAGCACACUUCCGGACAUCCUUACCACUGUUGGAGUAGGAAAAUCCACACUGAAUGUGAUGGGAGUGGGAAGUGGAGCAGGCGAGAUCGAUCUGGAAAUCCUCACACAGCUGCACGCUAAACAUCCCGAGGCGAGAGUGGAGAACGAGGUGGUGGAACCCAGCGGGGACAUGCUGCAUAAAUAUAAAGUUUUAGUAUCGAAGACGCCGGGACUCGAUCACAUCACCUUCAGGUUUAAUAAGAUGACGGCAUCCGUGUUCGAGAGCGACUGGAAGCAGAGAAACACUGACAGGAAGAUGGACUUCAUCCACAUGAUUCAGAUGCUGUACUACGUGAAAGAUCCGGAGGCGACGGUUUCCUUCUUCCGAAGCUUAUUGCACAAAGACGGCAAACUCCUCAUCAUCCUGGUCUCAGGAGAUAGUGGGUGGGGCAGGUUAUGGAGAAGCUACAGAGAUCAGGUGAACAGCCGCUGUGUCACGACUGCAGACAUCAAGAGCUUCUUAGAUGCCAAAGGAAUCCCUUACAAGAACCAUGGUUUUGCAUCCAGUAUGGACAUCACCGAGUGUUUCGCAGCUGGAGAUGAGAAAGGAGAGCUGAUGUUGGAUUUUCUGACUGAGAUACUGCAAUUCAGUAAGAGCGCUUCUCCAGAGCUGAAGGCUGGAGUGCUGGAGCUGCUCAAACACCCCGAGUGCAGCCGAGAUGUGGACGGCAGGGUCAUGUUCAACAGCAACAUGGAGGCCUUGGUGAUUGACCUGUAACUCUAAAAUGGAGAAGUGCUACUAAACUCGGACAGUUUUAUGCAUUUUUCACAGCCAAAGAUAACUCUCUUAUGCUAAACCCUAAGCGUUAAUAUCUACUACUUAACUAGCAAAAAAGCUAAGCCAUUUUGUUAAUAGUAGUUGCUAGGACACUUCCUCUAAGAAAUCCUGUCAGGGUAGCUUGUGCUAGCUAGCUGGCUAAGGUUACCUGGAAGAUUAUGAACAAUUAGGAGCUUUGCUAAUGAGCGUUGCUCAGAUUUUCACAUGUUAGCUAAGUGGCUAGCAUCACCAGGGAUGAUUAUGGACAGCUUGACUUAAAAAUGCUUUUAGAUUAGCUUAUGCUAGCUACCUGGCUAGUAUUAGCUGGAACAUUUUAUGAGCUUGACUUAAAAACUGCCUCACAAAUCCUGUCAGAUUUGCUCAUGUUACCUAAGUGGCUAGCAUUAGCAGGAACGAUUAAGGACAUUUUUAUACAUGAUUUACAAAUUAUCUAAGAAAGUCAGGUUAGUUUAUUCUAGCUAGCUGGCUAAAGUAAGAUUAAGAAUAAGAAUAUCUAACUUUAUGAACAGAACAUCUAUGAAUAUGCGGGCUGGUUCAUGUUAGCUAGCUUUACUUUAAGCUAUAAAUGUGAGAAUAUAACUAAAAUAUCCUAACAAGUAAACUUAUUAAAAGUGGAAAUUACAGAAAUAUAUCAAUCCUCUCAGAAUUCCUGUCAGAUUAUCUUAAAUUUGCUGGUUGGCUAGCAAUAGCACAGAUGAUUAUGGGCAUUUGGGAAUGUCUUAAAAAUUGUCUCAGAAGGUCUAUCAGAUUAGCUAAAGUUAGCUAGCUGGCUAGCAUUAGCUGAAGGAUUAUGAACAUUUUAUGAGCUUGACUUAAAAACUGCCUCACAUCCUGUCAGGUUUGCUAAGUUGCAUGCUAGCUAAGUGGUUAGCUUUAGCUGGGAUGAUUGUGAAGCAUUUUGUAUACAACUUAAAAAUUGUCUCAGGUGUAGCCACGUGGCUAGCUUUAAUUUAAGAUUAGCACUCAAAAAGUAAAAUUGUUAGCAGUUAAAAUUACAGAAAUAUAUGAAUCCCCUCAGAUAUCCCCUCAGUUAGCCUGCUAGCUAGAAUUAGCUGUAAAAUUAUAGACAUUUAUGAAUAGGACAUAAAAAAAUUGUCUCAGAAAUCCUGUCACGUAGCUCAUAUUAGCUAAGAGGCUAGCUUUUAUCAGUGAAGCUUGUGAGCAGCUAACGCUAGCUAGCAAAAAUCCUGUAAAGUUAACUUGGGUUAGCAAUCUGACUAGCGACACCAGGGAAGGAUUUCUGACAGGAUCUGUAUGUCACUCAUGUUAACCUGCUAGCUAGCUGGAAGAUAAAACCUGACUUUAAAAAAAAAGCUAAUUAGAUUAGCUAAUGCUAGCUGGCUGGCUAAUGUUACCUGGAAGAUUAUGACCAUUUUAGGAGCUUGACUUAAAAACUACUUCAGAAAUCCUGUCAGAUUUGCUCAAGUUAGCCUGCUAGCUAGAGUUAGCUGGAAAAUAUUAAACAUUUAUGAAUAUGACUUAAAAUUUGUCCCAGAAAUCCUGCCAAGUUAACUUAUGCUAGCUAUCAGUCUAGUGUUAGCAGUGAAGAGCGACAAUCUGUGAGAAGAUUGCUAUAUUUCUGUAGAUGCUAGCUGGUGUUAGCUGGAAGAUUAUGAACCUCACACAUCCUGUCAGGUUUGCUCACGUCACCCAAAUGACCAGCAUUAGCAGGGAUGAAUAUGAUUUAUGUGGAAAAUUGUCUCAUUUUAGAUAAAUAACUAGCUUUAGUUUAAGAAUAUGACUCAAUGUGGAAAACUAAGUUUAUAAUUGUUGAUGCUUUUAAACCAUUUUCCUGUUUAUGUAGAUUUAUAAACGUUAUUCUCAAGGUUUCUUCCUCAUGUCGUCUCAGGGAGUUCUACCUCACCACUAUUAACUCUGGCUUGUUCAUAAUGGGUCUAAGUCUACAUCUGAAUAUACUGUAAAGCUGCUUUGUGACAAUGUCAUUUGUUAUAAGCGCUAUAUAAAUACAAAUGAAUUGAUUUGAAUUAUUUCAACUACUUGUGGCAGCACGAGAAAACACUGUACUGGCCCUUUAAUAUUCCCAAGAGCAGUUGGGAAAAGGAAAACCGUUAGAUGGAAAUUCAAGGGAAAACAAAACGAACUCUUGAAUCUGCUGUUGUCAAUCCCAAGGUGGUGAGCUGAACAACGUAAAAGGCAUUUUUUCUCAACAUUUACACUUUAUUCAGUUAUUUAUUUUAUCUUUGUUAUACAAUGCCAAAAUGUGAGAGAUUGAAAUCAUAUUUUGUAAGUGUCUAAGACAAUAUAUUUGGAGAAACAACCUAUUUGUUGUGAAUUUAAUGAAACUAAUGUUGGGUGAAUUAAAACCAAAAAAAGCCAAUCUAUUAGUUUUAUUACUAUUUAUUUUCCCCUCUGUGUAACCGAUGGCUUUUGAGCUAUUCUGAGACAAUGACUUUUGACACUUUUGUUCCUGUCUAGUCCCUGAAUAAUUUAAUUCAGUUAUUUUUGUUAUUUAAUUGAACUGUUGGUUUAAAUUAUCUCUCGGGGCCGUUACGGUUACGAACUGUAUUCAUAGAAGAAUCAUGAUUUGAUGUUUGUAUGUAUAAAACCAUAAUUUAUAAACUAUAAAAUAAAUCUGUUUCAUACACUCUAUGGUCAAAAGUAUGUGCACCCCUGACCAUCACACCCAUAUGUGGUUCUUCCCCAAACUGUUGCCACAAAGUCUGAAGCACACAGUUGUAUAGAACAUCUCUGUGUGCUGUAGCUUUACAGUUUCCCUUCACUGGAACUAAGAGGCUGAAACCUGUUCCAGCAUGACAAUGCCCCUGUGCACAAAGCGAGCUCCAUGAAGACAUGGUGUGUGAAGGUUGGAGUGGAAGAACUCGAGUGUCCUGCACAGAGCCCUGACCUCAACCCCACUGAACACCUUUGGGAUGAACUGGAACACCGACUGAACCCCAGACCUCCUCGACAUCCCAACAUCAGCGCCUGACCUCACUAAUGCUCUUGUAGCUGAAUGAACACAAAUCCCCACAGCCACGCUCCAACAUCUAGUGGAAAGACUUUGCAGAAGAGUGGAGCUCAUUAUAACAGCAAACACAGGGGAAUAAAUCUGGAAUGAGAUGUUCAACAAGCACAUACGUGUGUGAUGGUCAGGUGUCCCAAUACUUUUGUACAUAUAGUGUAUUUCAGUCCAGAAUCUCUGAGAUUGAAUGAGAUAUUCGAGUCAAUUGCAGAGUACGAUGAUAAACGUGUCCUUUAAAUUAUCUUUCAUGACAUAGUUUAAAAUUGAUCAAGUAGCCUGACAUAACAGACAUUACUGUAUAAAGUUUCCUAAACAAUAUAAAACAGUUUGAUUCUUUAUUAUUAUUAUUGUUGUUAUUAUUUAUGCUGGAAAAAUAGCUGUACUGCUUUAGAGGCUUUUGCAGAUAUCUAAACAACAUUUCUUAUUCAUUUUAAUGUCACAACUUAAACAUAACUGUAAUGUCUAUCAAAUAUGAUAAUUAGCAGUAUAUAAUAUGUUUUUAUUAAUAUAAACCAUUUAAAAUAACCAUCAAAGUUCAGAAUGAACAGCCAUUUCAACCAACACCAGUCGCAUUUUCCUUCACGCUCUAAAGUUAUUCAUUUACUCGUAAAUUUAAUUUUUCCUUGUGAAUAAUUUAGAUAUGUCACCUUUCAAUCUUCCAGUGAAAUUAUAUUUACCAGGAAAAAAAAGAAUUAAGAAAAGAUUUAAUAAAAUAAUUUAUUGAUGUAAAAUGUGAUUAAUGAUGUGUGUGUUGAGGUUGCAGUUGACGCCAUCUUGGAAAAUACAUCUUUAAUGGAAAUUUGUCACUGGUGUUACUGUCUGUGUUUAUGGCAACAGCGACUUAAAGUAAUGGCACCACAUUCACAGUAGAGAUCAAGAACAUUACUAAUUCAUUCAAGAAGAUUUUUUUCCCCCCAAAAAAACACCUGAACUUGCAACACCGACUUUGCAGUGCAGUGGUUUAUGGCUGCAAUCUUGCAGGUCGACCCAUGCGUGCUCUUCCCGUAUGUACUUCUGCAUUAUCUAAUUAGCUAAAUGGUAAUUGGCUAAUAAUCAACAGAUCAGUCAGGUGUGUUAGAGUGAAGAAAUCAAUGAUAUCAAGCUGUGAAAUGUCUUUGUUUUUCAAAAAAGCCGUCAAUGACUUCUUGAGAAGUGUUUUUCAGCUGUGUUACAGAAGUGUGCACUUCAGACCUGCCAACUUCUUAUGCAUUUUGUGUAGAAGCUCCAGUUUUUCACAUCAGACUAUGCGACGAGUCACUCAAAAAAGCCAAAAGGGCAGUCUUCUUUUUUUUCUGCCAAUAAAAACAGCAGAAGAUUGACAACUACCAAGUUGUUUUGAACUCUCUGAUAUUAACUGACACCCUGGAAGCCCCGCCCCCUUCCAAGAUGCACUGAUGCAAUGUCCUUGCUUUCUGUCACGGAAAAUGAAGAGUGUUCAUUAAUAUAAAAUCAAAUCUGUCAGGGUUUGUUCGACUUAGCUAUCAUGCAGUCAACGCCAGAGUAAAGAAACAAUUUUAAUUUCAAUACAUUUUACAAAUAAUGUGGAUAUUAAUUAAAAAGUGAUUAAAUACGCUGUUUGCACUCUUAGGCCAGUCAGCGCAGUGUUCGAACAGCUUGAGAAGCAUCAGAUCAAGAGUAGAAGUGUGCACAGGAUCAUUUUUUAAUCCCGUUCCCACCCGCUCCUGCGGUUUUUAUUGUUUGAACUAGCCCACGAUAUUUUCUGGCAAACUGUGUUGGUUUUAUUUGUCAAAAUAUAAACAAAUUAGUAUUUUCUGCCAUUGUGACAUCGACCAGAUUGUAUUCGACAGGACUUUGGGGAUGGCAGGUCUGGGGAAUGUGUAGAGACAGUGGAAUUUUAGCUGAAACAAUAAUUAAUGUAAUAAUGAAGUCUACAGGGAUGGAGACUAAAUCCAUCAUUUAACGAACCAGAUGAUCAUUUGUGCUCAUUACAAUUGCAACCGCGAUAAAAAUUGAGAUGAAAUGGUGAGAGCAAGCUAACAAGGGUGCAUUAUAAAAAGUAACGGAAUGUAUAACAUGCUUUAAUCUUUGCUAACUCGCUGC